AUGACUGACCAUGGAAAGCCUUUAGUAUGUUGGGCAGAGGAAAAGUCCAUCCCUCAGGUUCCCUUUGAGGGCUUACACCUCAGGAUAUGGAUAGUAGAUGGGGUGGAGAAGAGAAAGAAACAGAAAGGGGAAGAAGAAAAGACUAAUUUAGCAGAGUGGAGAGCUGAGGCCCAAAGCACUGGGUCCCAGUCUCUGCAACAAUGGGAUAUUAUCUCUAUUGCUGUGGUAUUUCUUCAUUGUGCUAAAGCAGUAAUAUAUAGUGAAAUUGACUCAUGGCUCUAUGGCUGUAAAGAGAUUUUGAUUGAUAUGAAACAUGCAGAUGAAAUCAAACUAUCCCAUAUUUGCAGGUAUGGCCACUUUUCGGGUAUCAAUCGCAAAGUUCAACUGAAAUACCAGCCAAGGGGGUGGAAGAGACGUUCAAGUAGCGAAGAAGGUGACUCUCCUCGUGAACCCUCUCUUGUGUUGAUCCUGAAGUGGGGAGGAGAACUGACCCCAGCAGGGCGCAUUCAGGCAGAGGAGCUGGGUCGUAUUUUCCGCUGUAUGUACCCCGGAGGCCAAGAACGAUCUGAGUGGAUUGAAGAAUCUUUGGCUGGAUGUGAGUAUGCUGGUACACAGGGUCUGGGCCUCCUCCGCCUCCACUCAACUUACCGCCAUGACCUCAAGAUCUACGCUAGUGAUGAGGGGCGGGUCCAGAUGACAGCAGCUGCUUUUGCCAAGGGACUUUUGGCACUAGAAGGGGAGCUCACACCAAUACUUGUGCAGAUGGUCAAGAGCGCUAACACCAAUGGGCUCCUGGACAAUGACUGUGACUCGUACAAACACCAGAACAUGGUCAAGAACCGUCUCCAUGAGGCCAUGCAGCAAGACCACGACCUCACACAAGAAGACAUGGAGAAGCUCAAUCCCACCAACUCGAGGUCCAUCUCAACGGCACUCGAGUUCAUCCAGAACCCAGUCAGGAUGUGUGAACAUGUCUAUGGCCUCAUCAAGAAGCUUAAUGAACGGAUUAAGAUUAGAAAGGAAGAUCAAAAGACUAAGGACCUGCCCCUGUACCAUGGUGAAUCUUGGGAACUAAUGCAGCGCAGAUGGGCCAAGCUGGAAAAGGACUUCAGAACCAAGAACCGAAAUUUUGACAUUUCCAAGAUCCCUGACAUUUAUGAUUGCAUCAAAUAUGACCUUCAACACAAUCACCAUACACUGCAGUUUGAGUAUGCAGAAGAGCUUUACAAAUGUGCAAAGUACUUGGCUGAUGUCGUGAUUCCUCAGGAAUAUGGUAUGACCCAGCAAGAGAAACUGGCCAUUGGUCAGGGCAUCUGCACUCCUCUUUUGAAAAAAAUCCGAGCUGACUUACAAAGGAAUGUUGGAGAGGAGGAGAGCGAGGAAAAUCAAGGGGAAAGCAUCAAUAGGUUAAAUCCAAUAUAUUCCCAUGGGGUCAGUAGCCCAGGUCGCCACGUACGCACAAGGCUUUACUUCACCAGCGAGAGCCACAUCCACUCGCUUUUGACCGUUCUCAGAUUUGGAGGAUUAAUAGAUACCAUGAAAGAUGAACAAUGGCACCGUGCUAUGGACUACGUAGGUGCAGUGUCAGAGCUGAAUUACUUGAGCCAGAUUGUCAUAAUGCUGUACGAAGACCCAACCAAGGACCCAACCUCAGGUGACAGAGAUGACUCACAAGUGAUGGGGGAGAGGUUCCAUGUUGAGCUGCACUUCAGUCCGGGUGUCAAUUGCUGUGUUCACAAGAAUCUGCCUCCAGGACCUGGCUUUCGACCCAAGAGCAGGAACGAGCCCGUGAGUUUUGUGAUGUUUUUGAGAUUUUAUUUUCGGUGAGAAUUUAUUGGGUGUGUUGUGGCUCCUGUGUCUAGGGCCUAUUGCAUCCAAGAUUUAAAAACGAUAUGAUUUAAUUAAGACAGUAGAUACUGACUUUUAAUGCUGUGAAUAGUUUGUAGGUUUUUUGUAAAUGUUUAAAGGAUUUUAACUUUUUAUCAGAGGUUGUGUAAAUGCUGUAUGUUGUCCAUUUACGUGAAGCAAAUGUCAAAUCUUAACAGAAUAACUUAUUGAAAAAAAGCAAAGGGCAGUAAGCUCUUAGUUAGUGCAUUGUUUACAGGUCUUUUGCUUUUCUUAUUUUCAUGCUGCAGGAAAAAUAUCAUGUUUGCUUAGGAAGACCAAAUAUGACUUCUAAUGUGGUAAGAAAAUAUCUGAUUACUUCAG